CCGGCUGGAGAGGUGGUCGUGCAAGAAGUUCAUCAUCUACCGAGAAUGCAAACCCUUUCAACAAGUUUGGUAGUGGGUUUAAUCAACCUUCAAGUAGUCCGAGUUUUGCUGAAAGAUGGAUUAAUAGACAAUCACAGAUUAACCACUAUGGCUCCACUAGUAACCCGGUAAAGAUUGAUAUGGAACAGUUUCAACAUUCAACUUCUGAUAAGAAUAAUCAAAAUCAUAAUAAUAAUAAUAAUUCGCAUGGCACUGAUAGUGAUUUUGAUUCAAAACCUUCCUCAAGAAGAACUUCUGAGAGUUCAUCAUUAGCAGAUGUUUGUUUCCCACUAGAACCAUUAGAUGAUGAAGAAGGCCCAAGAACAUGGCCUGAUUUAAAAGUUUUAGAAGAGUUUUAUGAAGAAGAAACAACAAGAUUAAAAGAUGAAGCCAUUAGAGAAACAAAUGAAGUUAAUUUUAGAUUUGAUAAUAAUAAUAAUAUCGAUGAUAAUGCAUCAUCAUCACAAGUUGGUGAAUCAAGUUCUGGUGUUGGGUUUUCUCAUCCAAUAGUGACGAAAGUUGAUGCUCCAAGAUUAUUAGGAAAUCAAAGAAUCAAUGAAACUGAAACUAUGGAUGGUAGAUUAAGACCACCAAAGAUUAAUCCAUGGGAUCGUAAAAGAUUGAACAAUAGUGAUUUUCUGAAAACUAUAAAUUAUCCACCACAAAUUGUUAAUAAUAAUCCUGAACAUUUUAGAUUUACCUAUUUUAGAGAAAAUUUGGAUUCCACGGUGCAUUCUCCAACAAUCUCAGGCUUAUUACAACCAGGUCAAAAAUUUAGUGAUUUAUUCCUAUCAUCAGAAUAUACAAAACAGGAUAAUGCUGCCUUGGCUGGUGGUACUACUGGUCAUAACAACACAAAUAAUAAUUCCACGUCAAAUUCAGUUAAAGAAUCAACACCAACAAUAUCAGAAUUGAAAGCUGUUGAAGAUUCAAUGGAUUUAGAUGAUCAUAUAUCGCCAUUUUGGUUAGAUGUUUUAAACCCAACAGAAGAAGAGAUGAAGGUUUUAAGUAAGGCUUUUUCAAUCCAUCCAUUAACUACAGAGGAUAUCUUUUUAGGUGAAACUAGAGAAAAAGUUGAAUUAUUUAAAGAUUAUUAUUUCAUUUGUUUUAGAUCAUUUGAUAUAGUUCAUGAAAAAGCCAAGAUUCGUGAACGUUUAAAUGAAAUUAAAAAUGAAGCACAAAAUAAAAAUGGUGGUUUUUUCUCAAAAUUAUUUAAUAGAAGACAAUCUUCAAGUCAUUCACAAAAUAAAAGAAAUAAUUCUCAAUUUGACAACAUAAGUGAAACUUCAAGUUUUAAAAGACGUGCAAGAGAAAUUGAAUUGGAAAAAUUCAAGAAAAAAUCAGGAGAUAGACAUAAACCAAAAGGUGGUGAAUUAGAACCAUUAAAUGUUUACAUUUUAGUUUUCAGAAAUGCAGUGUUAACUUUCCAUUUCGCACCAACCCCACAUCCGGUUAAUGUUAGAAGAAGAGCAAGAUUAUUACGUGAAUAUUUAACAGUCUCUGCUGAUUGGAUCGCAUAUGCAUUGAUUGAUGAUAUUACUGAUGCUUUUGGUCCAAUGAUUGAAUCUAUAGAAGAUGAAGUCAAUGCAAUUGAAGAUGCCAUUUUGAGAAUGCAUCCGGGAGAUUCAGAUGAUGAAGAUGAUUCAAGUGAUGAUGAAGAUGAUUAUAAAUGGGCUGCAAGAUCCGUAUUAUCAAGACGUGAUUCCCAAUUUGAUGAUAAAAGAUCAGUUAAAUCAGCUUCAUCAAGUUCAACAAGAUCUACUGCUUCAAAUGUGGUUGAAUGGAAAAAGAAGGGGGACAUGUUGAAAAGAAUUGGUGAAUGUCGUAAAAGAGUGAUGAGUUUAUUAAGAUUAUUAGGUUCAAAAGCUGAUGUUAUAAAAGGUUUUGCUAAAAGAUGUAAUGAACAAUGGGAAGUUGCACCAGUAUCUGAAAUUGGAAUGUAUCUUGGAGAUAUCCAAGAUCAUAUCGUUACAAUGGUUCAAUCUUUAAAUCAUUAUGAAAAAUUAUUGGCACGUUCUCAUUCGAAUUAUUUGGCACAGAUAAAUAUUGAUAUGACUAGAGUUAAUAAUGAUAUGAAUGAUGUUUUAGGGAAGAUUUCCAUCUUGGGUACUAUUGUGCUACCAAUGAAUAUAGUUACUGGUAUGUGGGGGAUGAAUGUACUAGUUCCAGGACAAAAUUAUGAUGGAUUGGCAUGGUUUUGGAGCAUUGCAGCAGGGAUGUUUUUGUUUGCCUUUUGCUGCUACGUGUAUGCGAAAAAGGUUUCAGGUAUAGCAUAG